UUUUUUUUUUUUUCUUCUCUCUCUUCCUUUUGCUUCUGUGUCUGUGUCUUACGGCUUUUUUUACCUUCUUGUCCAUCGAUUUGUCGAUUGAAUCUUUGAAGAAGAAGACGAACGAAGAUUCAUCAUCAUCACCAUCACCAGCACCAGCACAGCUUAGAUUUGAAAGUGGAUUCUUUGGAUUUUCUGCUUGGAGAAACAAAAGCUUCUUUGGAAGACAAACUUCUCGUCUUUAAAAUUUCAGUGUUCUUUUUUUUUUUUUUUUUUUUUUUCUUUCUUUUUCAAUUUUUGUUUUUGGUUCUGGUUCUUUUGAAUCUUUUGGUAGAGUGUAAGAGAGAGAGAGCAGAGAAGUUUAUGGUAGAUCUUGAUUGUUGAAGGCAAAGACGGCAUAGAUUGUUCUUUGAGAGUGGUGAAUUUGAAGUCUGGAACAAACAAUUUGUUUGGAUGCUCUAUAUAUGAAUUUUCUGGAGUCGAAACGAAUUUUCUUGGAGAAAAAAAUCUUAUGGAUUUUGGACUGGUUUGAGUGAAAGGGAAGCUUCGGGUAUAGUAAUUUUUUUUUUUUUGGUAGUAUUUAAAUUGGAGUUUGAUAUUUUUGUAUUUUCGGAAGAAGAAGAAAACUGAUACUGAUAGGGAGGUUCGAAAUAAUUUUCAAAAAAUGUUAGGGUUUUGCUGGAGUAGUAAUUAUCGCAGAGCAAAUUGGAAAGGAAAUUAAAGUUCGUGAAGUUCGCAGUGUUUUUUUUUUUUUUUUUAUCAGAAAUGCUUAGAUUCUUCGGAAUUACAGUUUCUGAUUCUGGAUUCUGUAUCUUCUUGUUGAACCGGAAAGCAGAUUCUCAGUAGAAAAAUAGCGCGAAGAUUUCUCUGAUUCAUCGAUGCCUUACUGGCAUUACAGAGAAAAUCAUCAGGCAUAAAAGAAAAAGAAAUCGAAAAAAACAAAGAAAAAAAGAAAGGGUUUGAAGCAUUAAAAGCAGAGUGAUUACUGGGCAACUUUUAAUUUUGGAAUCGAGAUGAUUACGUUUAUGGAUUCCAAAGAGAAAAUGAAGGAGGUUGAGAAGUGCUUAGAUCCUCAGCUAUGGCAUGCCUGCGCGGGAGGUAUGGUCCAGAUGCCGCCGGUGAAUGCCAGAGUCUUUUACUUCCCUCAAGGCCAUGCCGAGCAUGCCUGUGGACCUGUUGAUUUCAGGAAUUGCCCCAGGGUACCACCGUAUAUACUCUGCACAGUUUCUGCUAUAAAAUUCAUGGCUGAUGCCGAGACGGACGAGGUUUAUGCCAAAUUAAGGUUGGCUCCGUUGAGUGCUAAUGAGCCUGGCUAUGAAGACGACGGCAUUGGAGGAAUCAGUGGUUCUGAACCUCAAGAUAAACCGGCUUCUUUCGCGAAGACUUUAACUCAAUCGGAUGCGAACAAUGGUGGUGGUUUCUCAGUUCCGCGGUACUGCGCAGAGACCAUCUUUCCUCGUUUGGACUACUCUGCUGAUCCCCCUGUUCAGACCAUCCUUGCUAAGGAUGUUCAUGGUGAGACUUGGAAAUUUAGGCACAUUUAUAGGGGGACGCCUCGGCGGCAUCUUUUGACGACAGGGUGGAGUACUUUUGUGAACCACAAGAAGCUUGUUGCUGGGGAUUCGAUUGUGUUUCUGAGGGCGGAAAGUGGGGAUCUAUGUGUCGGAAUUCGACGGGCAAAGAGGGGAAUUGGAGGUGGACCUGAAUCAUCUUCGGGGUGGAAUCCUGCUGUUGGUAAUUGUGCUACACCAUAUGGAGGUUUCUCUACAUUUCUGAGGGAGGAUGAGAACAAGUUGAUGAGAAAUCGCAAUGGUAAUAGCUCGAAUAUGAAUGGAAGUCUAAUGGGUAAGGGGAAAGUGAGGCCUGAAUCAGUAAUUGAAGCUGCCACCCUUGCUUCUAAAGGGCAGCCCUUUGAGGUUGUGUAUUACCCGCGAGCAAGUACUCCUGAGUUUUGUGUCAAAGCUUCACUUGUAAAAGCAGCAUUGCAGAUCCAUUGGUGUUCGGGGAUGAGAUUUAAGAUGGCCUUCGAAACUGAGGACUCUUCGAGAAUAAGUUGGUUCAUGGGAACUAUAUCUUCUGUUCAGGUUGCUGAUCCCCAGCGCUGGCCUGAAUCACCCUGGAGGCUUCUCCAGGUUACAUGGGAUGAGCCUGAUUUACUUCAAAAUGUGAAGCGUGUUAGCCCAUGGUUGGUAGAAUUGGUAUCAAACAUGCCCGCCAUUCAAAUAUCCCCUUUUUCCCCGCCAAGAAAGAAAUUGAGGCUCCCACCACACCCAGAUUUCCCACUUGAUGGUCAAAUUCCAAUGCCAACAUUUUCCGGCAACAUUCUUGGGCCAAGCAGCUCCUUUGGCUGUCUUUCCGACCAAUAUCCUGCUGGCAUGCAGGGAGCCAGGCAUGCUCAUUAUGGUCUAUCCUUAUCAGAUCUCCACCUGAAUAAACUGCAGUCAGGUCUGUUUCCAAUUGGUUUAACACCACUCGACCAUUCUGCUACACCCACUAAAGUCUCCAGUAAUAUAAUGAAUCAAAAGCCUAGCAUGAGUGAAAAUGUUUCUUGCUUGUUGUCCAUGACAUCUACACGAACUUUGAAGAAAUCUGAUGAUGCUAAGGCACCUCAGCUCGUACUUUUCGGCCAACCUAUACUUACCGAGCAGCAGAUCUCUUUGAGCUGCUCCAGUGAUACAGUCUCACCAGUUCUUACGGGAAAUAGUUCGUCGGAUGGGAAUGUAGAUAGGAUGGCAAAUUUUUCUGAUGGUUCCGGAUCUGCACUUCAACAACAAGGGGUACCAGAGCGCUCAUCCUGUGAUGGAUUCCAAUGGUACAAGGAUAAUAGGCAAGAAACUGAAGCAAACUUGGAAAUUGGUCACUGUAAAGUUUUCAUGGAAUCAGAAGAUGUAGGUCGCACCCUUGACCUUUCAUUACUCGGAUCUUAUGAUGAAUUGUACAGAAAACUGGCUGAUAUGUUUGGCAUAGAAAGUUCAGAGCCACUUAACCAUGUGCUAUAUCGUGAUGUUACUGGUGCCGUAAAACAUAUUGGAGAAGAACCGUUCAGCGCGUUUAUGAAAGCAGCAAGGAGGUUGACGAUUCUAAUGGAUUCAGGCAGCGACAAUUUAGGGAUGUAAAGAGGAAUUAAUGUUUGAUUCAAUUGUACAGCUGGUUGAUUAAAUCGUUUAUUUUCGUGCUGACCUGUUACUCUGAUCCAAUUUUCGGACUUUGAAUCUAUAUAGUCUGAGAGUCUUGUUUUUCUUCUUGAUUAGGAAGAAAGUUCUUUGAAAUUUUGAACUCUUUUCCUUUGUUCAUUCACUCAGAAGUUUUGUUUAGUUUUGUUUUUUGGAUCCCUAAUCCUGCAAAUAGUAGUGGGUUUUGCACGAAGUGGUAUUGUGUAGUAUCAAACCUUAUUGUGAUUAUUAUUGGUCUUCUAAGAAGGCAGCUUUUUAAAGGGAAUGUAAAACAAAUUGUACGACUUCUGAACAGAAAGUGCCUCAUAUUUGGUACUUUUUUCUUUACACUAUAGUUUGUACUUGGUAUAUCUAUUUCUUGGUUUUUCUAA